AUGAUCUCGGCCGCGAGAUGCGCAGGCAUUUUGUAUACCGGCCGUAGGCAGUUGGCGAAGGACCAAUGUGGCGGCUGCGAGUGUGCGAAGAGGUCAGCUAGUUGUUUAGCCGGUAGCUCGCCGGCCGAGCAUAAACCCUCCUCUCUCUCUCUCUCCCUCUCCCUUACCCACCAACAUGUCCCACCCCUCCCCACCGGCCCCCGCAGCAGCGGCCGGCCCUUUACCGACUCCUUGUCCACGACCUCCUCCGCCGCCCGAUCCUCCUCCCUCUCGAGCACCUCGUCCCACCGCCACCACCACCACACCCUCCGCCGCAGGAAAUCCGUCGCGCGCGCCAUCGCCUUCGUCUCCGCCGUCAUCUCCUCCCUCUGCGCGGGCUCCAUCACCGUCUUCUCCCUCUACGGCCACAUUUUCCAAGAGCGCCUCCACUACACCCAGCUCCAGGUCAACGGCGUCGCCAUCGGCAGCUCCGUGGCGCUGUACCUCCCCGUACCCUUCCUCGGCUACGUGUGCGAUCGCUUCGGGACGAAACCGCUGUCGGCCUUUGCCGCCUUACUCUUCGGCCUCGGCUACGGCCUCGCCGCCUUCAUCUACCGCCAGAUCGAGGACCGUAACUCCCGCAACGGCGACCCCGUGCCGCCGCCGGGCUCGCCGGCCCCGCCGCGGGCCGGGCAAGAGGAACAAGGGGGACCUGACAUACCCGCUGAUGGUGACCUCGUUCGUGCUCAUCGGCGUCGCCACGUGCGCCAUGUACCUCACCGCCGUGGCUACCUGCGCCAAGAAUUUCGGCAAGGGCCGGCACAGGGGCCUCGCGCUCGCCAUGCCCAUCGCCGGCUUCGGGCUGAGCGGCAUGUGGCUGUCCCAGGUGGGCAGCCGCGUGUUUACGAGCGCCUGCCCGGCGGCGAGCGCGGCGACGUCGACGUCUUUCGCUUCUUUGUGUUUCUCGCGUGCCUGCUGGUCGCCGUGGGCGUGGCCGGCGCGUUCACCCUCCGCGUCGUGGACGAGCAAGACCUCAUCGACGACGCCAUCGAGGAACUGGAGAACAGCGGGUUCCUCGACGGCGGCCCGCUUCUCGCCAACCGAUCCAACGGCACGGGAUACGGAUCCAUCAACGGUGCGGCGGCGGCUGGAGUGGACACGGACGACGAGGCCGCGGCUCUCCUUGAUCCGGCCAAGGACCUCGACGACGGCGACGACGACGACGCCCAGUGGAAGAAGAACUGGGUCCUCAACGCCGAGACCCGCCGUUUCCUCGCCGACAAGACUCUCUGGUGCUUCGCCCUCGGGUUCCUCCUCAUGAUUGGGCCCGGCGAAGCCUUCAUCAACAACCUGGGCACCGUCAUCGGCACCCUCUACCCGCCCAACACUUUUGCCCGCCUCCUCACCGGCUCGCUCACCGACUUGCUCGCUCCCACCCCGCACACCCAGCACGUCCAAGUCGCCGGUGGCCCGUCGGCCUCCACGUCCGCGCAACCCGGUCGGCGGUUCACCGUGUCCCGCGUCGCCUUUCUCCUCGCCUUUGGCGUCGUGCUCUCGGCCGGGCUCCUCACCCUCGCUUCGGGCGUCGUCCAGAACCACGGCGAGCGCUUCUGGAUCGUCUCGUCGCUUGUCGGUGCCGGCUACGGCGCCGUCUUUAGCCUUACGCCCAUCAUCAUCACGGUUAUCUGGGGCGUCGAGAACUUUGCCACCAACUGGGGCAUCGUCGCCAUGUUCCCCGCCCUCGGGUCCACGUUUUGGGGCAUUGUAUACUCCAAAGUGUACGAGCGGGGUGCCCAAAACUCGCCCUCGCUGGGCGAUGCUCAGGACGACAUCUUUUGCUACGGCCACCAAUGCUACGCCACCACUUUUUGGGCCAUGACGAUCAGCACCAACCCCGGAACAUUCGUGAUUCAUUAA